AUGGUCAAGUACCAUCCUGUGCCAAUUGUGCUAAAGCUAAGCUCCGCUGGACAAUCCAGAGCACGCAUCGAGUGGUUGGAAAAUAUAAUUUCAACCCAACUGCCGCAUGUGGACCUGACAAAAGGACCUCAGGUUGACAAUGAAGGUCCUGGUUCAGAGGGUCCCAAGGCCUUGUCCACUGCCGAUACUCAAAGGGCAGCUCUUGACGCUACCAUGUCUUCUGGCAUUGCAGGACAGAAGCGGGCUCGAGAAAUUGGGUCAAAUGAUGUCCCUACUGAAUCUUUAAACGCUGAAGCACAGACAGUGGCUAUGGAUCUGGGAAUGUUGACAUUGGGCUCCGAUUCACGAGAAAAACACUACAUGGGCUCGUCAUCAGGGCUUUAUUUCACCCACUUGCUUCAAUCUCAGAGUCCUCCAGGAGAGUCGUCAUCCCCGCGAAUAGCACAAACUCCACGUUCAGGCAAGCGAUCAACGAUCAAAGACUAUUCCUUCGUUUAUCAGAAAUUGAGCUCUACUCUUCCUACGAGAGAUGAUGCAAUCUACCUAUUCGAUAUUUAUCUGCGGAAUUUACACGCCGAUCAUCCCAUAGUCCACCCAGGCUCAAUUUUCAAUGCUCUCGAAGGGCUAUAUCUCAGUCACGAGAUUGGAUCUGGGGCAAUGACCGGUCCCAGCGGAUGGCCUCUUGACACACCUGCUUUUGCUUACAAUGGCGAGCUCAAUGGGACCAACGAAAGCCCACUAAUUCCCAUUAGUAUUGAUAUGGCUAUCUUCCACGUCUUCAUGAUCUUCGCACUGGCUUCGUCCUCCAGAUUAGGUGCAGGUCAGACAGAUUUUGCGCCUACACAAUUUCAUCGUGUCGCUAUGUCUGUGUCGGAUGAAGUACUUGGGGAAAGCUCCAUUGCUGGUCUACAAGCCACCUAUUUGCUGGCAAUGAGUUCCCUGAUGGCCCCAGCGAGAUUGAAUCUCUGGAUACUUACACAUGUCUGCAUGGCCCAGUCUAUCGACCUCGGCAUCCAUAGACAAUCGAAAGACUCCAGCACCGCAAGUACAAUAAGAUCUCUAUUGUUCCACAGCAUCUACUCCUUAGAUCGUUCUGUUGCUACAAUCCAAGGUCGUCCAUUGGGUAUCCGAGACGAGACAUUUGACGUACAGCUACCCACUAUGGAGGAGCUACAGACCGUGCAAACUUCAGCCAACCUUCCAACAGAGUUACAGCUUGUGGCCAGUGACCUUUUGACCUACAGUUUCCAUCGCUUCCGACUCGACCCAAUAAUUUCCGAGAUUAAACUGCUAUUUUAUCAUCUUCCUCUGCAGAGCAAUGCCAUCAUCUGGUCUACGGACUACGAUCAGCAGCAGCAACGUAUUUACACGUCAUUGACCGAGUGGGCUGCCUGUAUUGGAGGAGUCUGCAAUCAACUUCCUGUUGCAGAUACUGAGAAACGGCGAUGGCAGCUACACCUCGAAGCAAACUAUCAUGCUGCAGUCGUCCUGUUGUUUCAACCAUCUCAAACUUUUCGACAGCCUACAGGAGUACAGAUGGAACUGUGCUUCAAUGCUGCGGCUGAUCAACUUGCUUGCUAUGAUUCCCUCUAUGAACUAGAGAUGUUACAGCUGGAUUGGAGGACAGUGAGGAGUAUAUUUGCCUGUGGCGCAACACUGAUCUACGCCUUUUGGACCUCCAAUUCUAUUCAAGCACCAAGGAUUUCAUCUCGUCUACCGAAGUCAUUGAAGACAUGUACAACGCUUCUCACUGUUGGCGGCGUCUUCUGGCCAUCUGUUCGCCGGGGUAAGACUAGCUUCGAGAGACUGGUGGACUUAACCUUGCAGAAAUCACGUCAGACCAAUGUGCAGAUUGGUAGAAGCAGCAAACGCAGGCUUCUUGAGAGUUAUAAUCUUUCGCAGAACAAAAUCUUCGAAGCAGAUUUCCAACCCGAUUUAGGAGGUUCUUCCUUACAGACAGAUAAUCGAAGUGAAAUGCCUGCAAACUUAAAUUUUGCACGACUCGAUCAGAGCAAUGCCUUUGAGAUACAUGAAGACGAGAGCUUGAACUUUAAUAUCCUACCCGACGACCCUUUCAGCGAUGGACCCAUAGCGCAAGGCACUCAUAACCUCCAGAUGUACGACACGUUGAACAUGGAUGGCACGCCUGAGAAUACGCUGGACCCGGAGAUCGAAGCGUUUCUCUCCGACUACUUCGUCGAUGACGACGGAUGGAAUUCAGCAAAUACUGGACUGCCAUUAGAAUUCCGCUUUGGCAACUUAUGA